CUUCUCCCGCGCCUGAUGCUGGUUCUCCUCAGUCUCCGGGUCCGGCGGCGGCGGCGGUGGUGGUGGCGGCGGCAGGCGCGGUGUGUGUCUUAACUCAAAUGGGUGAUGAAAAGGAUUCUUGGAAAGUGAAAACUUUAGAUGAAAUUCUUCAGGAAAAGAAGCGAAGGAAGGAACAAGAAGAGAAGGCAGAGAUAAAACGCAUAAAAAAUUCUGAUGAUCGGGAUUCCAAGCGGGAUUCCCUUGAAGAGGGGGAGCUGAGAGAUCACCGCAUGGAGAUAACGAUCAGGAACUCUCCUUACAGGAGAGAAGAUUCUAUGGAAGACAGAGGAGAAGAAGAUGAUUCCUUGGCCAUCAAACCACCCCAGCAGAUGUCACGUAAGGAAAAAGCACAUCAUAGAAAGGACGAAAAAAGGAAAGAGAAACGUCGUCAUCGCAGUCACUCGGCAGAGGGAGGGAAGCAUGCCAGGGUGAAAGAGAAGGAACGAGAACAUGAGCGGCGGAAAAGGCAUCGGGAGGAGCAGGAUAAAGCGCGGCGGGAAUGGGAAAGGCAGAAAAGGAGGGAGAUGGCUCGGGAACAUUCCAGGAGGGAGAGGCAUCUGAUUGCUUCCAGGGAUCGUCUUGAACAGCUGGAGCGAAAGAGAGAACGAGAACGGAAGAUGAGGGAGCAACAGAAGGAACAAAGGGAACAGAAGGAGCGAGAGAGACGAGCUGAGGAGCGACGCAAGGAGCGAGAGGCCAGAAGAGAAGUUUCUGCACAUCACAGAACAGUGCGAGAAGACUAUGGAGACAAAGUAAAAAUAAGUCACUGGAGUCGAAGUCCAUUACGCCAGCAGCGAGAGAGAUUUGAGCAAGGGGAUGGCAGGAAGCCAGUCAAAGAGGAGAAACUGGAAGAGAGGGAUCCCCUUUCUGAUUUACAAGAUAUCAGCGACAGUGAGAGGAAGACCAGCUCAGCUGAGUCCUCAUCAGCAGAGUCAGGGUCUGGCUCUGAGGAGGAAGAAGAAGAGAGCAGCAGUGAGGAAUCAGAAGAGGAGGAGGAGGAAGAGGAGGAAGAAGAGGAGGAGGAGACAGGAAGCAAUUCUGAGGAAGUAUCUGAGCAAUCUGCUGAAGAAGUAAGUGAGGAAGAAAUGAGUGAAGAGGAAGAGCGAGAGAACGGAAACCACAUCUUAGUGGUUACAGAGUCAAGGUUUGACCGAGAUUCAGGAGAGAGCGAAGAAGGGGAAGAGGAAGUGGGAGAGGGGACACCGCAGUCCAAUGCCAUGACGGAAGGCGAUUACGUCCCCGACUCUCCAGCCCUAUCUCCCAUUGAGCUGAAGCAAGAGCUUCCCAAAUACCUCCCAGCCUUGCAGGGAUGUCGGAGCGUCGAAGAGUUCCAGUGUCUGAACAGGAUUGAAGAAGGCACCUAUGGUGUGGUGUACCGAGCCAAGGACAAGAAGACCGAUGAAAUUGUGGCUCUGAAACGGUUGAAAAUGGAAAAGGAGAAAGAAGGCUUCCCAAUUACCUCCCUUAGAGAAAUCAAUACUAUCCUGAAAGCUCAGCACCCAAACAUCGUCACUGUCCGGGAGAUUGUGGUGGGCAGCAACAUGGACAAGAUCUACAUCGUGAUGAAUUACGUGGAGCACGACCUCAAGAGCCUCAUGGAGACCAUGAAGCAGCCCUUCCUGCCAGGUGAAGUGAAGACGCUGAUGAUCCAGCUCUUGCGGGGGGUGAAGCAUCUUCAUGACAACUGGAUCCUUCACCGGGACCUGAAGACUUCCAACCUGCUCCUCAGUCACGCGGGCAUUUUAAAAGUCGGCGACUUUGGACUAGCCAGAGAAUAUGGCUCCCCAUUGAAAGCAUACACGCCGGUCGUGGUGACACUGUGGUACCGGGCCCCCGAGCUGCUGCUGGGAGCGAAGGAAUAUUCCACCGCAAUUGACAUGUGGUCAGUGGGCUGUAUAUUUGGGGAGCUGCUCACCCAGAAGCCCCUGUUUCCAGGGAAGUCAGAGAUCGACCAGAUCAACAAAGUGUUUAAAGACCUGGGAACUCCCAGUGAGAAGAUCUGGCCCGGCUACAGUGACCUUCCAGCAGUGAAGAAGAUGACUUUUACAGAAUAUCCCUAUAAUAAUUUGCGGAAAAGAUUUGGGGCCCUCCUCUCCGACCAGGGCUUUGACCUGAUGAACAAGUUCUUGACCUACUAUCCUGGCCGGAGGAUCAAUGCUGAAGACGGCCUGAAGCACGAGUACUUCCGAGAAACGCCCCUUCCCAUCGACCCUUCCAUGUUCCCCACGUGGCCGGCCAAGAGUGAGCAGCAGAGGGUUAAGCGUGGCACCAGCCCCCGCCCCCCGGAAGGAGGACUUGGCUACAGCCAGCUGGGGGACGAUGACCUCAAAGACACCGGCUUCCAUCUCACCACCACCAAUCAGGGAGCCUCUGCCGCCGGCCCAGGCUUUAGCCUCAAGUUUUAAACUCCACGCCGGGCUGCAGAGCAGAGGAACCCCAGGCUGAGCCACGGCCUGACCGUGGCACUGUGCGUGUCAAGGGGGAGGAGGGGCUGGGGACCUCCCCUCCCUUGCCUGCCCACCUGCCAUGGAGACACGCAGCCACGGAGGGCCCAGAGGAUGGGGAGCUCCACAAGAGCUGUGUUCUGGGAACUCGUGUGUUUUGUUCUCGGUUUGAUUUUUUAUUUUAUUUUAUUAUUAUUUUUUUUUUACAUUUUGUCUUGGGCUUGUAAAUUUGUAGAAUCCAAAGUCCAGCACUCCUUGUCAAGCUGGCAUUUCCUUAGGCUGCCCGCCGGGGGCCCAUCCUGGCUCUCUCCAUCCAUGGGGCGGAGCGGUCAUUCUGAAAGCUGGCGCCCAGGAGCCAUCGGGACGGACACCGGCCUUGGGGGUCUCUGCUCUUCACUGUGACACCCACAGACGAGUAGCUCGUCUCCCCCCAGCACUCAUCCAGCCACACCGCGGGGAGAGCCGGCGGUCCUUGGGCCCCCAGCACGCAGAGCUGGUGGUUUUCUAAACAUCUCAACACGUGUGGUGUGCGCCCCCAGUGGGGCCCCGUCGGCCCGCCCCCUCCUCGGCACGCUCCCCAUCCGUGCCCACCUCGACAUCGGCAGGAAGCCUCUUCGUGUUUUCUACUCUCUCGAGCCUCGGUUUUCUAAGGGAACAGCUAGGCCCCCUCCCUGGGCACGGGGUGGGCGGCCUGGGACUGGGGCGGGUUCUGUACAAAGUUGGACAUUCAUGCAAACUUAGCCACAGUGAAGUUUUUGUAUAUUGAGAUUGUCAUAAAUUUUAAAAUAUAGUAAAAUAUUCUUGGAGGAAA